CUUUAAUAACAUCUCAAAUAAUAUUUAUAGUAGCCGAGUAGAAGUAGGAAUCUAUGCCAAACCCACCUCCACCGCCACCACCACCGCCUCAUGGUUGUCUUUAAUUGAAAAGAUAAUCCUUGGAGUUGAGGGUCAAGAACUGAUACAUCCUAAAAGACUUCCUCUGAUUCACAAGAGAGAUCUUGGAUACACCCACGAUUUUGACAUACCGGAAGCAUAUGAAGAAGAAUUGUUGUAUGAAAUAAAACUAAGUAGAAAAACCUUAAUCCUUCACCUUCUAAGAUCAAGGGAGUUCCUAGCUUCAAAUUACAGUGAAACAUACUACACCGUAAAAGGAGAAGAGCUCACCAGGCAUCCUCAGAUCAUGGAUCACUGUUUUUACCAAGGAUCCAUUAUUCAUGAACUUGACUCUGCUGCCAGUAUCAGCACCUGUAAUGGUUUGAGGGGAUUCUUCAGAGUAAAUGAUCAAAGGUUUCUCAUUGAACCGGUGAAAUACUCUGAUGAGGGAGAGCAUUUGGUGUUCAAAUAUAAUACAAAGGUGCCAUAUGCUGUCAAUUAUUCUUGCACAGAGCUCAAUUAUACUAAGAAAACAGUUCCAAGGGAUACUAAAUGUAAGGAAGACCACAAAAUGGAAAGCACCAAUAAAGAGAAGUAUGUUGAGCUGUUUGUUGUUGCUGAUGAAUAUGUGUAUCACAGGAAUGGAAAACCUUACAAUAAACUAAGGAACCGAAUUUGGGGAAUGGUCAAUUUUGUCAACAUGAUUUAUAAAACCUUGAACAUUCAUGUGACAUUGGUUGGCAUUGAAAUAUGGACAAAUGGAGACAAAAUAGAAAUAGCUUCAAAUAUAGAAACUACCUUAUUGCAUUUUUCAACGUGGCAAGAAACAAUCCUUAAGAAAAAGAAGAAUUUUGAUCAUGUUUUGUUACUGAGUGGGAAGUGGCUGUACACCCAUGCACAAGGAAUUUCUUACCCAGGAGGACUGUGCCUGCCCUAUUAUUCCUCCAGUAUUGUUAAGGAUCUUUUACCUGACAUAAAUAUAGUUGCAAACAGAAUGGCACAUCAGCUGGGGCAUAACCUCGGAAUGCAUCAUGAUGAAUUCCCAUGCACCUGUCCUUUGGGUAAAUGUGUGAUGGAUCGUGGUGGAAGCAUCCCUGCACUAAAAUUCAGUAAAUGCAGCCAGACCCAGUACGAGCAAUACCAGAAGGAUUACAAGCCAACAUGCAUGCUCAAUAUUCCUUUUCCUACCAAUUUCACUGAUUUCCCAUUUUGUGGCAACAAGAAGGCGGAUGAGGGAGAAGAGUGUGAUUGUGGCCCUAUCCAGGAGUGCACUAAUCCUUGUUGUGAUGCACACAGAUGUGUCCUGAAGCCAGGAUUUGAUUGUGCAGAAGGAGAUUGCUGUGAAUCUUGUCAGAUGAAGAAAAAAGGGUCCAUGUGCAGACCAGCAAAAGAUGAAUGUGAUUUUCCCGAAGUGUGUACUGGCCACUCACCUGAGUGUCCAAAGGACCAUUUCCACCUCAAUGGGGUUCCUUGCAAGAAUGCAGAAGGCUACUGCUUCAUGGGGGAAUGUCCCACUAGGGAUCAUCAGUGUUCAGAAUUAUUUAGUGAUGGAGCAAAAGAAAGUCAUGACACCUGCUACAAAAUGAAUAAAAAAGGAAAUAAAUUUGGCUACUGCAAAAACAAGGAAAACAGAUUUGUUCCAUGUGAAGAGAAAGAUUUCAAAUGUGGGAAGAUAUACUGCUCUGGAGGGCAGCACUCAUCUCUACUUGGAGAAGACAAGACCUAUUACCUUAAGUACCCACACCAGAAUGCCACCGUCCAGUGCAAAACCAUCUUUCUACGCCGCAGUUCUAAAGAUAUUGGUCUGGUUGAUGCUGGGACAAAAUGUGGAGAUGGAAUGGUGUGCAGCAACGGUGAAUGUAUAAAAAUGGAAAAGGUCUACAAUGCAACCAACUGCCCUUCUCAGUGCGAUGAAAAUUCUGUGGGUGGCCAUGAACUCAAGUGCCAGUGUGAGGAAGAACAGAUACUUACCGACUUGGAAGAAACCUUAAAUCUUACCAGUGUUUCCAUCAUGGUCGUUGUACUUGUCAUGGUGAUUAUUGGUGUUGGAAUUGUCACAUUAUUAAUUCGUUACCAAAAAUGUAUUAAGUUGAGACGAGUUCAGAGCCCUCCUAGAGAUAUACAGGGAGUGGAGAAUAAAGGAUACUUUGGUGAUGAGCAACAGACAAGGACUGAGCCAGUUUCCCCAGAUGUUCAUCCCCUACAUAGAACUGCAGAGUCUUUGGAGAGCCUUCCAUCCAGUUUUUCAAGUCCUCACUACAUCACACCGAAAUCUGCAAGUAAAGAUCCAAGAGGAAUUUCAGAUCCCAAUCAAAGUGCCAAAAUGAGUUUGAAAUUGAACAUCCAAAAUGGCUGUGCCAGGCUGGGCUGA